UCCUAGUGGGUUCGGUUGUCCCAAGGCGGCGGUGAAGCGGCGUUCCCUUUCUCCGCCCCUCCUCCUCCUCCUCCUUUUCCUCUCAGGCGCCUCCAGAAGGUUCCGUGCGCGCCGGCUUCUCCUGCCGCCCUCGAAAGAUGCUGGGCCAGCGCCCCGUCCUCGUGCUCAGUCAGAACACAAAGCGGGAGUCUGGAAGAAAAGUCCAGUCUGGCAACAUUAAUGCAGCUAAGACUAUUGCUGACAUUAUCAGAACAUGUUUAGGUCCAAGGGCGAUGAUGAAGAUGCUGUUGGACCCCAUGGGAGGGAUCGUCAUGACCAACGAUGGCAACGCUAUUCUUAGAGAAAUCCAGGUCCAGCACCCAGCUGCCAAAUCCAUGAUUGAGAUCAGCCGCACUCAGGAUGAAGAAGUGGGAGACGGGACCACGUCCGUUAUCAUUCUUGCUGGAGAGAUGUUGUCAGUAGCAGAGCAUUUCUUGGAGCAGCAGAUGCACCCGACCGUGAUAAUUAGUGCCUACCGGAAGGCUCUCGAUGACAUGAUCAGUGCUCUGAAAAAAAUCAGCACUCCAGUCGACAUUAACAACCGUGAAGCCAUGCUCAAAAUCAUCAAGAGCGCCAUUGGCACCAAGGCGAUAAGCCGCUGGUCGGACCUGGCCUGCAGCAUUGCCCUCGAUGCAGUCAAGACCGUGGAGUUUGAAGAGAACGGCAGGAAGGAAAUUGACAUCAAGAAAUAUGCUAAAGUAGAAAAGAUUCCUGGUGGCUUUAUUGAGGAUUCCUGUGUCCUGCGUGGGGUCAUGAUCAAUAAAGAUAUCACCCAUCCACGAAUGCGACGUACCAUCAAGAACCCUCGUAUUGUCUUGCUGGACUGCUCGCUGGAGUACAAAAAAGGCGAGAGUCAGACGGACAUUGAGAUCACUCGCGAGGAGGACUUUGCUCGCAUCCUGCAAAUGGAGGAGGACUUCGUUCAGCAGAUGUGUGAGGACUUGAUCAGAGUCAAACCAGAUCUUAUAAUCACGGAAAAGGGCAUUUCAGACCUGGCUCAGCAUUUCCUGAUGAGAGCGAACAUCACCGCUAUCCGACGUUUGAGGAAAACUGACAACAAUCGUAUUGCAAGGGCCUGUGGGGCUCGCAUUGUCAGCCGCACAGAUGAGCUGCGUGAAGAGGAUGUCGGGACCGGCGCGGGGCUGUUCGAAGUGAAGAAAAUUGGGGACGAAUACUUCACCUUCAUUACUGACUGCAAGGAGCCUAAAGCCUGCACCAUCAUGCUCCGGGGUGCCAGCAAAGAGAUUCUAGCUGAAGUGGAGCGCAACCUCCAGGACGCCAUGCAGGUCUGUCGCAACGUCUUGAUCGACCCUCAGCUGGUGCCGGGUGGCGGUGCUUCGGAGAUGGCCGUCGCUCACUUCCUGACCGAAAAAUCCAAAGUCAUGACCGGGGUGGAGCAGUGGCCUUACCGCGCUGUGGCUCAGGCUCUUGAAGUGAUUCCGCGGACGCUCAUCCAGAACUGCGGUGCAAGCACCAUCCGGGUUCUCACUUCCCUACGGGCCAAGCACACCCAGGAAGGCAGUCAGACCUGGGGGGUGAAUGGGGAGUCCGGAGCCUUGGCGGAUAUGAAGGAACUUGGUAUAUGGGAACCUUUGUCUGUCAAAUUACAGACCUACAAGACAGCUGUAGAGACUGCUGUCCUCCUCCUGCGUAUUGACGACAUAGUUUCAGGUCACAAGAAGAAAGGAGAUGAUCAGAGCAAGCAAGCAGGAGCCCCGGAUGCAGCUCAAGAGUAACUUCUCGGAGUUUAGGAAAAACAUGCUCCCGGGAUUGCUGAACAAGGAACCAGCCUGGGUGAAAUCUCGGCUGAUGCUUUUAUUCUUCAGCCCUGGGUGCAGGUGGGAUCAGAAUCCAAGCACUGGCUCGUUUGAUGUUGGCAGGAGAAACAACAAAGGCCCCACAGUGCAUUAUUAGCUCCCCGUUCUGUUAGGAGACACUGACUUGUUACUUAAGUGUAUUCUGUUACUUUGUGGCUUUAUUAAUAAAAAUAUCACAUUGAGAGGUUAA